AUGGAAAUAAGACCAGUUGAAGACCAUGUGGAAUUACUUACGGAAUCAUCUACGGUACAAAAUGUAGAACUGAAGGAUGCAUUAUUAUCAAGACAAGCAAAUUAUGAGCCACUAUCUAAUAUUAACCCCAAAUUGAUUUUAUAUCCACUGGAUAAACUAGCUGAAAUUUCUAGUAGUAAUGAUUUAAUAAGAGUUCAAGAGUCGUUGAUAGUACAUGAUUUGUUAGAGAAUUUGAUGGGUCUUAGUGGCACAUAUAUUAGAUAUAACAACGAAUAUAAUCCAUAUAAUGGUGAUGUCCCUGAAUUUAAAAUAGCUAAAAAAUUGGAUACUUCAUUAAAAGCAUUCAGUAAAAAAAUUUUACAAUAUGGCAGUUAUUUUGUAGCCUUAAAUAAUGCAAGUGAACGUUGGACAGAUAUUAAAUAUGGAGUAGUAUUACAAAGUUUAAGCUAUGAAAUCAAAAAUUUCAUUAAUGAGACUUAUUUACCUUUGUUAGUUAAUAGAUUGGAAAAAAUGUAUUUUGAAGAUCCUAAUUUUUCUAUAAGAGAAUUCAAACAAAUUCUAAAUGACUCAGAGGUCGGUAAUCAACUAACUUUGUUAUAUGAUUUUAUUACGAGGAUUGAAGAAGAGAUGAUCAAACGACAAAAUUCUGAUCUACAACAAUUGUCAAUUGACAAUUUCUUAUUGGAAAUGGAACAAUUUAAUCAAAACGAUGAUUUAACACCACUCUUUAUUGAAAGGAAAAUUUCACCAAUCGCUAAGGGUGGUGCCAUACUGAAAAUACUUUACAGAAUGAUAUUGGAAUUACUAGGUGAUUCUAAUAGUGUACUUUUUUUACAAAAUCUAUUAAUUAAGAUCAGUGAUAGUUACUAUAAAACGUUACAUGGUUGGAUGACACAAGGUGAAUUAAAUGAUUCAUGUGAUGAGUUUAUGAUUAUCGAUACUAUGCCCUAUAUAAACAAUAUCAAUAUGUCAAAUCCUAUUGAGUGUGAUAGAGUAUGGCUAACACAAUACGGUAUUAGAAAAGAUGGACUGUUGGACAAAUUUAGUCUUACCAAUGACCAUAAUAAUAAUAGCAGCAGUAGCAACAAACUGUUAUUUAAGAUUCUUUCCACUGGCAAAUUUUUAAAUGUGAUCAAAAAAAGUCUUAAUAUAAACUACAUACCUAUUACACAAGAACAAGAAGAUGAAAGAAAUGUCAAAGUAUCAAAUUUUAUGGAACUAAUGGAAGGAACUAAUUUUGAGCUUUAUGUGGAGAAAUGGUACAAUAGAGCCAAUAGAUUAUGUUUGAAAUUACUUAUUGAUGGGUACCAUUUACCAAAAAUAAUCGAUGAUUUAUCUAAAUGGUAUUUUGGUUACAAGAAUGGAUAUAAUAUAAACAUGAUAUUAAAGCAGUCAUUAGUGGAACUAACAAGGCGAUAUUCUGAGAAAUAUAGUAACAAUAUUGAAAAUAGAAUAAAAACAAAAUUUGAAAACAUUAAGAAUGAGUUAUUAUUGUCAAAUAAUGUUAAUAAUAAUAAUAAUAGUAAUAAUAGUAAUACUAAUCAUCAUCAUACUCCUACCUCUAUAGAAUAUGAGAAAGAUAAUAUAAUAUUAAAAUUAUUAACAGUCCAAUUAGAUAAAGAAUCGUUCGACGAUAUUAUAAAUCAAUACAUUAAUAGUGAAUUACAAACAAUUGGUAAUGCAAACAAAUUAAAUACAUUGGAUUCAAUUAGGGAUAUGGUAAUGCAAGAAUUUGAGACUUCAUUAAAUAAUAACAAAAAGAACAACAAUGACGAAAUGAUGAAUUCAAGAAAUGAUGGAACUGAGUUCUCGAAAAUGAACCAGACCCAGACCCAGAACCAAAAUAGAAAUGAACAAAAUAAUAUUUAUUAUAUGAAAUUUGAUAUCGGUAUACCAUAUCCAUUGAAUAUGAUAAUCAAUAGAUCAUGUAUAUUACAAUAUCAAUUAAUCAAUAGGUAUUUAAAUAUGUUAAGGUAUCAUAACAUGUUACUUGAAGAAACAUGGAUAGAGAUAAAUAAGAAUACAAUUUGGAAAUAUUCUAAUUAUAAUAAGGAUAUUAAGAAUAAAAUAAUCAAAAGAAGUCGAAUCUUACAUAAUGGGAUGAACAAUUUUAUUAAAUCUAUAAUGGAAUAUUUCAAUGAAGAUGUCAUCAAGAAUGAGAUGAAUAAAAUAGUACAAUCUUUAUCCUCAUCCCCAUCCUUCUCACCAUCCUCACUGUUUGAUAGGAUUGAUAUAAAUGAGUUACAGAGUCAAUUGGCUGAAUCAUUAACUAAUAUAUUGCAUGAUGGAUGUCUAAUUAAAUUAAUCAAAGUACAGUUACAAAUAUUUGAUAUCAUUAAUAAAUUUUGUAAAUUUUUGUUAUCAAUGAAGGAUAAGUUGAUUCAAUUAGAUUAUAAUUUAUUUACAAGAUAUCAAGAAGAGGAGAGAGAAGAGGGAAAAGAGAUGAGAAAUAGGUUAAAUUACAAUGAAGAUACCAAUUUAGUUAAGCAAUCCGAAUACAUCGAGUUUAUAGAAGUGGUGUCAAAAAGUUUCAAAGAUCAUAGACAAACGUUAAUAGAAGGAUUAUGGUAUCAUUAUGAGGGUAAGAUGCAUCCUUUGUUUAAUUAUCACCAUGGGGUCACUUCAACGAAUGAAUAUAACAAUAAUAUUGGAGUUAUUUCUCAUGGGUCUAGAUUAAUUAUGUCCACAGUCAAUGUGGGCAAGCAAGCAGUAAUGCAAUGA